AUGUUGGACGAAUACUUUAAGAAUGGAUUCAAGGAGUAUAUUGAGAGAGAUAGGUUCUCAGAUCUAAAGUUAAGUUGUGGCGGUACACUUUACUCGACACAUAGGAUCAUAUUGGCAUAUAGUUCAGAGUUCUUUGCUACAUUGCUAUCAUCAGAGUUUAGAGAGUCCACUCAGGCAUUGAUCGAGCUCAAGUUGCCAGACCCCCACAACGUCUUCAAAGAGGUUCUGUCAUUCAUGUACGAUGGUCGUGUACUGCUGUCACCUGACAAUGUAAUACCAUUGCUGUCAAUGGCCAAGUACUACAUCAUCAAGCCACUUGUAACACUGUGUAUGCAGUACAUUGAACAUAAUCUACAUCGAGAGAAUGUCUUGACCAUACUCAAGGCAUCGAUAUCAUUCCACUUUGAUGACAUUGUCGAUCGAUGUCUAUACAUCGUCGCCAAGAACUUCCCCAACAUCUGUGAGACAAUGAACAUACUACACUCUGGUACUGGUCCUGGCACUGGCUCUGGCGACAACAACAACAACAACAACAAUGACAAUCAAUACUUCAAGUUCCUGCCGCCACACAUCUUCCUCAAUCUCUUGCGACAACCAUAUCUCGUAGUUAAGAAUGAGUACAGUCUAUAUCUUAUCGUUUCAAACUUUAUCAAGUAUCAUAAUGACUUGGCUGUCGCGGCCAAUGCAGCAGCUCAUUCAUCAUCAUCGACCUCAUUAUCAACAUCGACAUCGACAACAUCAAUUGGCUUUGUGGGCAGCCGAGCAAGCUUGGACAGCAACAGCACGGGAAGCAGCAGUCAGCUGUGUAGUAGUGGAGGUGAUAUAAGAUUCGAACCGAAUGAGAUUGUAGAGUUGAUGAGUCAGAUAAGAUACAUUUGGAUGACCUAUGAGCAGUUGCUAGAGGUAUCAAACAAUCCAUUGGUACCAAAGCAUAUUCUAAUCGAAACAUUCAUGGAGCGACUCAAGAAGUAUGAGCCACAUGACGCUUCAAUCGAGCCAACUGUAUCACACUCAAGGUUCCUACCUCGCCCGCCACAGUCUAUCCUGUUCGAGUAUAACUACGACUUUGAUAACAAGGGAAUCAUAUAUUGGAUCGCAACCAUGGGUCUCAAGGAGAAGUGGUCCAAUCCUCAUCAAAGUGGAAGGAUCAAGAUCACAUCAUCAAGUGUAGACAAAGGCUUCCAUCAUGAUAUUGUAGAGUUGUCGCCAUCUGCUUUCUGGACAAAGGACGUGCCAGCAUCUUGGGUGACGAUAGACCUGGGCCCAAACCGCUCUGUAAUACCAAUGUACUAUACAAUUCGACACGGCUUCUUCAAGUCGGACAGUCUGCGAACAUGGGACUUCCAGGGCUCGGUGCACGGCGAGCACUGGACCGUGUUGAAGCGUCACACGAACGACGCAUCACUCAAUCUCAAGUACGCCACGCACACCUGGCAGAUACCAGGAGUGACAACGGCCUAUCGAUACUUCCGCAUCCUACAAACUGGCAAGAACUCCAACAAUCGUAACUUCCUGCUACUUGGUGGCUUUGAGAUAUAUGGCGAGUUGCUACAACGCUAG